CCUCCCCGACGCCUGCCCGCAGUUGGGUUUGGGCCACACGGGGAGAAAAUGGGGUUCUAGGGUGAAGGCUGGGGGCGCUGGCCUUGGGCCUGGCGGCGCCUCCGAGCCCACGGGUUGCAGAAUGCGGAAAACUGGAACUCGUGCUCGGCCUGUCCGGUUCGCUUCGGGCGGCUCUCUUGUGGGGGAGGGGAGGGAGGACCCACGCCGCGGAAUGGUGCCGGGUGGCUCUCCUUUGCCUCGGUUUUUACUGUGGUAAAGGUCAAGCCUAAGGUCGUUUUCCUUCUUGGGUUGUUAGAGAGCACAAAGUUAUCAUUGUUGGGCUGGAUAAUGCGGGGAAAACCACCAUCCUUUACCAGUUUUCCAUGAAUGAAGUUGUACAUACAUCCCCCACAAUAGGAAGUAACGUGGAAGAGAUCGUGGUUAAUAAUACCCGUUUCCUGAUGUGGGAUAUUGGUGGUCAAGAGUCUCUUCGUUCUUCCUGGAACACUUACUAUACUAACACUGAGUUUGUAAUAGUUGUUGUGGACAGCACAGACAGAGAGAGGAUUUCUGUAACUAGAGAAGAGCUCUACAAAAUGCUAGCCCAUGAGGAUCUAAGAAAAGCCGGAUUGCUGAUUUUUGCCAAUAAACAAGAUGUUAAAGAAUGCAUGACGGUAGCAGAGAUCUCUCAGUUUUUGAAGCUAACGUCUAUAAAAGACCACCAGUGGCAUAUCCAAGCAUGCUGCGCUCUUACUGGCGAGGGAUUAUGCCAAGGUCUUGAGUGGAUGAUGUCACGGCUGAAGAUCAGAUGAUCUCUACUGACCUUUUCUCACGGACUCUGCAUCCACAAAGUACUGGACUUUACCUGAGAGCUGGGAAAAAAAAAAAACCCCAACGGUUCAGAUAUAUUUAUAAUAAACUGAUUUAAGAAUUUUUCUAUAAGAAAAAGACCACUUAUUUGAAAACAAGGAGGAAAUGUCACUACCCAGUGUGCUCUCAAUUCCUUCCAAAAUGCUUCAAAGCUGUGACGGAUUUUCUCAUGAUGGAUCCUCCCAGGAUAUGAAUAGCUGUGGCGAGUAACACGAGAGGAAGACGUUUGAAUUAAAAGCUUUAUUGUCAGCGUGACUUGCCCACCCCACCCCAAGUUGAAUGUUCCCUUCUCAUUACAUUGAAUCAACUACAAAUCAGCACAGAUACUGUUUCCAGUUUUUAAAAAUGUAAUAUUAUGGAAAGUAUUUUGCUUAAAGUUGAAUAUGUAUUGUGUAUAUACCUCAAGUUCAGUUUAAUGGCUUUGUGUUCUAAAGCAAAUAACACAACUAAUAACCUUACCCUAGUGUCAUUUUGUAGUUAGCGCUGUGUUCUUUGUACUGUCCUAACAAGCCAGCCCUGACCCAGAAUUAUUGAGCUGCUGCUUUUUAAAAAAAAAAAAAAAAAAAGAAAAGGUGGGGGAAAAGCUUGCCGUUGUAUACCAGCUUUUGUUGUCAGUAACAGAUGGGAAAACGCAGCGCAAGUAAGUGGAGUGUCCGCUGGACUCCUGGCCAGCUGUGCGGGGCAGAACUGCACAGUGAGCGAACCUUAUGCCAGCUCAGCUACUAGUCAGUCAAUCAUAAAUUGUGAUUAAAACUAUCAGGUAAUUUUUAAUUGGAUAUCAUGGUGUGAAAUGGGUUUAUCCAGAGGUAACAUUCUAUAAAUAGAAUUCUAACUGCAGCCUUUUUAGGUAUUAAAUAUACAACAAACCUCCAAAUGAAUUUGAGUGUAAACAUAAGGCAGUUUUCAGUGAACAUUGAUAAAUUUCUCAGUUUGCAGGUUUUCUUACAUGUUCUUCCCCUGCAUAAAAUACCUUGCUUAAUAAGAAGUCCAAAUACUGAGUUCUUUCAAGAAUUUGAUUGAAAAUUUGGCAUUGGCAUGUUACAUUAUUUAUAUUAGAAGUGAUUUGACCCAAAACAACUUUUAUAUUUCCAAUUUUUUAAAUUUAUCUAAAAGUUGACGGUAUUUCUGUCAUGACUAUACACUAAAUUUUCAUGUGUUUUAACAUAUGCUUGGUGACUCUAUAUGCCUUUUGUGGCCUAGAAAUUUGAAAUGGUCAAAACUCAAAAUUUAAGGCUGAAUAUUCAAAAAAAAACCAUUUAAUUAGUUUUAGUCUCAGAUUUAAAAAUUUCCUAAAGAUUUUGGUAAGAAAUAGAUGUCCACAUUGUACACAUUGAUGAAAGUUUAAAAAAUCUCAGUAAAGUGUUAAAGACACUUAGCGUCUAACCCAUGGGGCUCAGAUGAGCGUUGACGGGUGCCAUGUGGAGAUCUGCUGUCGGCUCUCGGGGUCUACUGUCUGCGCUCCUGCACCUAGAAGUCUGCCUCCAGCCACUGGGCUCUGUGUGCUGACUUCCACGCACACAUUCUCAUACUUUCUCAAACUUACUUUCUAGUUUUGUCAAAGGGAAAUAGCAUCUAGUGUGGCCCCAUCCAUCCCUCCCAAGCCCGGACCUACAGCUUUUUAGCUUUCUAUAUUCUAAUUGGAAUGAUCGUGUGCAUAGUUGCCGGGUUGCUUUUGCAUCAAUUCGGCACAUACUGGCGUGGCCAAGGUAUGGGCUAAAAUUUAUUCUUGAUUGGAUGUUUAAAGUGUUUACUCCAUUGUUAAUGUUGGUGUAGUAUAGUCAGUUAUUGACCUGUUAUAAGAAAGCAUACUUUACCACUUUUACAAAAUUGGAGGUUUUGGGGUUUUUUUUUUUAGCCUUUUUAAUCUAAGUAUCAAACAAUGUGAUGCCUGUGUACUUGUACAUAAAAGCAAAAUUAUGACUGAGUAAAAAGAUUUAAUAUAUAGAAAUAUCAAAACAGUCAAGCAGUAUUAGGCCUGAAUAUGGUGGAGCGGCCCUUGUGCCAUGCUGGUAGUUACAUGUCGUGGGGCAGAACUCAGCAGGUCCUGGUGACUCCUGGGUGUGAGCAGACAUCAUUAACCUCGCUGUGCUCAGCUUUGAAAAGAACAAAGAUUUAUACCUCUGUACAUGUGGAUAGAUUUUAGUGUCCUGUUUUGAUACUAAUUUAAAAAGUUGUUUAACUUCUCUUGAUAUCUUGGUAAAAAUGGCCAUAAGAUAAAUCAUUUGAAUAUAUUUGAUUUUGUCAUAAAAUGUAUAAAAUGUGUGUUUCCCAUUAUAUUGAGAGUUUUAUUUUAAAAGCUCAGUUUCCCUUAUAUUUCUAGCACCCCUUGGCCAUCAUGGUAGAAUACUGAGAAGGCAAGUGGGCGGGGCAGCGGGGAAUGAGUGUUCAUUUUCUUGUGAUGUUUUGCCUUAAUAAACAGGUGCAUUAGCGCUGCUGAUUGGCAUUUUGAAUGCAGGUGGUAAACCUAGUCUUACGUAAUGUGGCAUGACAGAGAAGGAAUAAGAGUUGCUUUCCUGGCCUUGAGGAAGUGCCUGUAGGUAGUCACAGGAAGUCACUGCUAAGUGCGGGGAGCUUGAGGACAGGCAGGAGUCCCUAAGGUGUCUUUUCCUUUUGUCUGAGUGUGUAGUAUUAAGUUGCCGAGAAGAGGGAUGGUGUUGGUCCUCUCUUCCAGGCACUUUAUAUUUCUCGCUGUAGCUACAGCAAUCACAUACAGUACAGACAACCUCAAUCUGUUUAUAUUAGUGUAAAUAGGAAAAUCAGACAGCUGUCUAGUUUUCUCUGCAGGCAUUUUAAGAAUGCAUCUGUAGUCUGUUCUAUGUUAAUGGGGGUAACAGCACAUCCUAGAUCAUAUGUGAUCUUUGGGAUCUUCUAAUUGCCCUUGGUAUCCUGGUACCAGUCUCAUUUUCCAGACAAUGUAGAGAGGGUUUCUUUACAUAACAUACUUGACUACAUCUGUUCUCCAAACACAAUGUUCAGUUUCUUGUUCAGGAGCAACUUCCAUACUUGGCUAGCCCUUGCUGUCCUGGUGUUUGCUCACCACCAAUGAAGGUGGCUCUUUUUCCUCUAGCGGUAUUCUAAAUGUUGCCCAUAACCAUUAUUUCCAGACCAGUAGGCUUUCAGUAAACCACUUUAGUUCUGUCUGCCCUCCCGCCAGUGACUUGACUCACUGCUCUGGACCUUUGCCUCAUCAGAGAUUCUAUCAGGAGGCUAGAUUCAGAUUAUCGUAUAUAGAUACCAGUAGAAGAAUCAUCUGUUAUUCUAGAUUUAAUUAUACUUAAUAUUAACUUCUUAUGCUGACAGCUAAAUUCAGAAAGACAAGAAAAAUACAUAAUUUCUGGUCCUUGAUCUACGCAAAUUAGGACCAAAGGCCAUUGUCACAUUCGCAUUAUCCUCAGCAACAAGAAUGGUGAUGUUUUCGAGAACCAGUUCAGCCAGCAUAAGAUGGAAAACGACAAAAUAAAACUGUAAUUAGGUUUGAGCCUGAAGACAGCUGAAAAUGCCCUCCAUUCCAUCUUCUUCAUUGUUGAUGUUUGUUUAAAUAGCAAAGAUCAGCAUUAAAUGUCUAAAGGAAUUUGUAAUUUGAGACCUAGUGUUAAAAAGUAAACUUGCUGAAACGAGCUUUAAAAGCAAAAUAAGCAAUACGUGGUGACGUAAGUCUGUAAUUCCAACAUUCAAGAACAAGAGACAGGAUUGCUGGCAGUACUAGGUCAGCUUGGGCUAGUAUCAGCCACCAAGACUACAUAGCAAGAGACUGUCAAGAAGGAAGGAAGAAAAACAGCAAUCAGCCAUUCUGUGUUUCUGUAGAAUCGGAUGUAGUAGAAAAUAAAGCUGCAGGAUGCUACUGAAAACGCAUGUGCUGCGUUCCUCAGAGCAGGUGCAGUCGUGAAGCCCCCGCCGGAAGAGUAAGAGAAAGCAGAGUUUAGCACUCUGGGUGCUUAAGAAGUGAAAUUGGGAAGAAAUAUAACAGGAUACAGUUGGGCUAAUUAUGCAAUAGUUCAUCUUUUUCAAUUCUCUAACUCUGUACUGUUCCUAAAAUGGAAGGGUGAAUCUCUCUGGUGUUGCCUGCUCUGUGUGGAUCUUUCUUUGGUAGCGAUUUCUCAUAGUGUGUAUUUAAGAAGUGCCUGACAUUGAUUUGUGUUGAUUUCUAAGUCCAUGUAAUAAAUGAUACAUGUUUUCUAUGGCA